AGUCACACUAGUUGGUGGUAAUUCAUUGAGCCGGUCGGAGCCGGUAGAGUUGGCAGAGAGACUUUGUGAGAGCAACACCGAAAGGUGGAUACUUCUUACAAGAGAAGAAGAGGGAAGAAAAAAGAAAAAGAAAACCAUAAGAAAAUUUUAAUUAAAAUCUAUUAAGUGAAAAUCCUAACAUUCUCAUAAUCUGCAUUUUUUGCAUAAAAUUACCACGUUUUCUGUUUAAAGUGUCUUUUGACGUGGAAAUCUGUCGUGUGAAUCACCAUAAGAUUUCUCAAAGUGAAAGGAGUGUGUAGAAGUACAUUUCCAUCCAAUAAAAAUUACCUAAAAGACAGCAGUAAUUUGGGUAAAAUUUAAUUGUUUAGUGAUAUAUAUUGAAAGUACUGAUUGUGGUUGAUAAAUUGUGUAAGAAUUUGUGGCAUUUUAGUUGGAUUUUCUGCCUCAAAUUGGAAUCAACUCACGAAAUUUCUGUACACGUGGUCAAAUAUUGAACAGCAAAAUCAUCAUCAUGGCAGCUGGGGCUAAUUAUCAAUCUGGCACGAUAUGGUAGCUAUUCGUCCAAUAGUUGUUUUGUCAACGCUGACACUCUUGCUCGGUUUAACGUGGUUUCGGCGCAAAAAACGACUAAACUCUGACACAGGUGAAAAAUCAUCUGACUCCAGUAGCGUGGCAUCUGACGAGGCUAAUUGUGAGGAUUUAGCUACACUUCGCAAUUUGAACUCGAGACCGGCACAGAGUGCAUCGGUUGUCAUAACAUCAGCUCAUACCCAAGACAUCACACCAUCAAAAUUGGCCAAAUCGGCACCUAUUGAUAUUGUACCGAACGGACGGAGUCCACCAAUGCCAAUUGGUCGCAAAAGUGUCGGGGCUGGUGCUGAGAAUCCCAAUAAAAUUGAUGCGGAUCUGCUGAAUGCAAAGAUUCGUGAUAGUGAAUUGAAGGUUUUGGCUUCGAUUGAGGAGCAAGAAGAUUUGGAUUUGGGAUCACCAAUUGAUUUGCCUGGAUCAUUUGACAGGAGACCAUUUAACUAUCACAAGACGGUGAACGUGGCCAAAGAGGAACCUGUUGUCAUUAAAGCCACAAUGAUUGCCAAGGUAUCACCGAAAGAUGAUUUCCUUGAACCACCGAAGUAUCUAAAUACGGAAGAAAUGAGAGCAACGGAAAUGUCUGUGGAUAAGGGUAUGGACAUAUCGUCGGAAUGUCGACAGACUCCGACGACGGAAUUGCAGGUCAAUGGCAAGGAUAUGCAAGAUGAUACCCAAAAUCCACCACCACCAAUUUCAAGUCCCCCACUUAGUUUGUGUAGCAAUCAUUCGUUGGAUUCGGGAAAAGGUUCGAGUCCACCAUAUUCAGAAGGUGCCCCGGCUAAUUGUUGUGAAUUUUUGCUGCCCCUUACACUGGUUGGUCCCUUGAUUGGGCGCAAGGGGAGCUUUGUGCAGCACCUGAAGAAUGUAACGGGUGCCACGGUGAUUGUAAAACGUCAUCCAGAUACGACAAAAUACAAGAUUUGUGCUGUAGAGGGAACAGAGGCUGAAAUAGACAAAGCUCUAGCGGAGAUCAGGAGAAUGUUUCCGCUGUCAAAAUAUCCCAAAUUUACAAUGGAGAAAAUCCAAUAUUCCCUCCCGAAUAUGCUUCAAUCGAUGGAUCCGACAUUUAUCAGUUUGCAUCUGAUUGAGGGAAUCAACAAUGAUGUUGUGGUGAGCUCAAUCCUUUCUGGUGGACACAUUUUUGUGCAGCAGCCACUGCAUCCAUCCUAUCCGUCGCUCAAUGACCUCAACCAAAUUAUGUAUCAGAACUAUGCAUCCAAUCAGUCUCCUCAUCUGGACAAUCCAGCGGAGAAUUCGGUGUGUGUGGCUUGUGUUCAGGAUAUGUGGUACCGAGUGGUUGUCCUGUCGCACAGUCAAGAAACCAAAACAACUCUAGUGAAAUAUUUGGACUAUGGUGGCUUUGGCAACCAUCAAUCUUCAGACUUAAGACAAAUUAGGCAAGACUUUAUGACUCUACCAUUUCAAGCCAUUGAGUGCACGCUGUCAAACAUCAAGCCCACUGGUUCUGAAUGGGCUCCAGCAGCUGCCGAAGUUCUACAGACUUUUACACACGGAAUGGUCCUGCAGGCCCAAGUGGCUGGAUAUACAGUUGAGGGCCUUCCAGAAAUCUAUCUCUAUGCCAAUUAUGGCAAAGAUGUAAGUACACCAUUUCUUUUUCUCUUUUUUUUCUUGUUUUCAGAAAAUGGAGAAAUCUCGAUUAUGUUUUUUUUUUUAUCAUGUCCAAAAUAUUUUUUUUCUCGCAGAACAUUGUGUUUCUGAAUAGGGAACUUGUGGCUCGUGGUUUGGCUGAAUGGGUGGAGGAUACCAUGUAAAAAUUUUGAGCAAUGACUGUCUAGAAAAAAAAAAUAACAGGAUUUAUGGAAAAUUGGGAGAAGGAGCAAGAUGAGGAGAUAUAAAAAAAAGAAACAUUUAUGAUUUUAAUCAUAAUUGAGUGAUAUAUGACAUAAUAUUCAUCCUAAAAAAAACACACAUAUAUAUAUAUAAAAUUAUUUAAGAGAAACAGAAGAGGACAAAAUAGCGCGCGCGAAGAUUUAAUUAUGAUUUUAAUUUUCUUUUUUUUUUUUUUUAGAAUAUUUGAUUAGAAUGAUUGACUUUAGUUUUCACCUCCUGAUCAUUAAUUUAUGAUUUUUUUUUCUUUCUUUUCAUAAAGAAUUAAUGAUAAAUAGGCAUUCACAUUUAGACAUUUGAGAGCAAUUGUCACUUCUUAAUUUCAUUUUUUUUUGUUUUUAAUCAAUGACUUAGUGAAAGGGGAAAAAAACAAAUUGAAUUUAUUAUUUCUUGUUCUCCAGAAUGCAAUUAAUUUUAUGCUCAACCCUUUGUUUUUUUUUUGUAAAUGUUGAUUUGUGAAAAUCUAUUGUGGUUCAUUAUUUGUUGUACAUAUACUCAAAUUUAAAAUGAAUUCUAUAAUAAAUGUUUUUAUUUUAAAUUCCGCAUGGAUGUAGAAAUAUAACUAAAAAAAAGAAAAAAGGGGGUUUAGAAUACAAGAAAAAAAUAUGUAAUGAAAUAUUGAAUUAUUAUCUAUAUAUUGCUAAUGAAUUUUAUAUAAAUGAAGAAAAUAGUGAAUUUAUUAUGCUAUAAAAAAGAAAAGAAAUCGGAUCAUUUUUUUCAAUUAAUUUUUUUAUUAUGAGUGUCUCAUUAUUAUCUCAUUUUCUGUAGCAAUUUAUUAUUAUACUAAUUAUUAAUUAAAUAAUUAUUAAAAGAAGAGGAAAUAAAAUAUUGAAUGGUUGAUGCGUAGUAAUCAUUCUGUAUAAUGUAUCAUAUUAUUAAAAAAAAAAGAUUUAAAAAAAAGUAAUAGGUAGAACAGUACAAAUCCAGAUUUUAUGUUAAGAUUUAAAAAAAAGAAAAGAAAAACUACUGAAAGAAAAAGAUUUAUUUCUUCAAACUGAUUAUUAUAUUUUUCUUUCCUCAAAUUAAUAAUUUUUUUAAAUGUAAAAUAUGGUUUUAGGUGAAGUCUAAAAGGAUAUUUUCUGACUUUAGUAAGUUUAGAGUAUCGCCAAUUUGGAUAAACAAAAAAACUUUUGAAUUUGCAUUUCGAUUUAAAAUCGAUGUCAAAGAUUGAAGAAAAUUAUCCCUAGAAAUAUUUUCUAAUAUUUGUAUACUCAUUAUGAAUUUAAAAAAAAUCAAGAAAAAUGUGUAAAUUGUUUUGUAAAAAGUAAUUAAGAAAAAAAGAAACAUUUUCAGUGAAAUAAAUCUCAGUAUUUUGAAAAAAAAAA